AUGAUGCAGCUUCAAGACGUCAAUGAUUUUAUGUUGUACCGAGUGUUUCCGUUCACGCUCACAGAUUUGGCUCAAAAAUGGUACCAACAUCUGAAUCCAGAUUUAUUACUUAUAUACUUCUUAAAAAACUCUCCUGACUUGUGGAAGAACCGGCAAGGAGAGGAUGAGUCUUUUAGAAGCUUCAUUUCAUGUUUCAAGGCUAAAGCGAUACAUGUGGAAGAGCUAAAUCAUGAAAUAGAGUGUGAGGCGCUGAAAAAUGAAACUUGCAACAUCAAAUUCAUGGAUUCUUUGAUCAAGAACCCAGUCGCUACUUAUCAGCAGCUAAUGGAUAAGGCUCAAAAAUACAUACGGUUUGAUAAUGAAGUUCAAGCGUUGAGAGAGGACAAGAAGUUGGGCCAGAGUAAGACUCAGAAGUUAGAUAAGCAAAGCUAUGAAAGUGAAAGGAGUAAUCCAAUGUCAUGGAGUAUGAAUGACCGAAGUAAAUUUAGAAACUAUACUCCACUAAAUGACUCACGAACACACAUACUUAUAUAG